AUUCACCAGCGAACACACACACAGGAGAGAAGCCUUACAGCUGCUCUGACGGGAAAAAGUUUUGCUAGAUUAGAUGGAUUGAUGGUACACCAGCGAAUACACAGAGCAGAGAAACCUUUUAGCUGUGAUCAAUGUGGGAAGACACUCAGUCAGCACAUCAGGCUCUACACAAGAGAAUACACACAGGGGAAAAGCCUUAUCACUGCUCAGACUGUGGGAUGAGCUUUACUAACUCAAGCCACCUGGCAGCACAUCAGAGAAUACAUACAGGAGAGAAGCCUUAUGGCUGUGAUGAAUGUGGGAAGAGUUUUGUUAAUUCAGGAUCUCUGAUUAAACACAAGCAAACCCACACUGGAGAGAGGCCUUUCCAUUGCUCUGAAUGUGGGAAUUGUUUCGUUAGGUUGGCACAUUUAAAAUUCCACCAAAGAAUAUACACAGGAGAGAAGCCUUACUACUGCUCUGAAUGUGGGAUGAGUUUUACUCUGGCAAGCAACUUAAACAUUCACCAACGAAUACACACCAGAGAGAAGCCUUGUAGUUGUGAUCAGUGUGGGAAGAGAUUCACUCAAUCAGGAAUCCUGAUUAAACACAAGAGAAUACACACAGGAGAGAAGCCUUACCACUGCUCUGACUGUGGGAAGAGUUUUACUCAGUCAACCAUCCUGAUAUCACACCAGAGAAUACACACAGGAGUGAAACCUUAUAGCUGUGCUCAAUGUGGGAAGAGAUUCACCUCCUCAAAAGUUGUUAAAGUACAUCAGAAAAUCCAUACAGGAGAGAAACCUUUUAGCUGCUCUGACUGUGGAAAGAGUUUUCUUCUCUCAGGACAAUUAAAAUCACACCAGAGAACACACACAGGAGAGAAACCCUGUAGCUGUGAUGAAUGUGGGAAGAGUUACACUACAUUUAACAAUCUGAUGGUACACCAGAGAACACACACAGGAGAGAAACCUUAUUGCUGUGAUCAAUGUGGGAAGAGUUUUACUCAGCCACAUACCCUGAUAUCACACCAGAGAACACACACAGGAGAGAAAUCUUAUAGCUGUAGUCAAUGUGGGAAGAGUUUUACUUGGCCACACACCCUGAUAUCACACCAGAGAACACACACAGGAGAGAAACCGUAUAGCUGUGAUCAAUGUGGGAAGCAUUUUACUCAGUCAAGCCACUUGAUAUCACACCAGAGAACACACACAGGAGAGAAACCUCAUAGCUGUGCUCAAUGUGGGAAGAGUUUUACUACAUCUAGCCAGCUAACUACUCACCAGAGAACACACACAGGAAAUAAUCCUUAUAGCUGUACUCAAUGUGGGAAAAGUUUUACUCAGUCAAGCCACCUGAUAUCACACCAGAGAACACAUACAGGAGAGAAACCUCAUAGCUGUGAUCAAUGUGACAAGAGAUACUCUGAUAAAAGAUAUCUGAUUAAACAUCAGAAAAUACAUGCAUGAAGGAGUUUUCAUUAUGUCAAACAUUGUAGAAGGAGUAUUUGGUUGCUGAUUGUCUCAAGGGUGGGCAGUCAAAAGGUUUUGUGUUUUGCUUUUAGCCAGUGCAUCACAAUUUAUUUUGACUGCAAGUUUGAGUUUUUUUUGCGCUCGUUCCAAGGGGACGAGAGUUCUAGAAGCUAGUGGAGUUUUUUUCAAAAUUUGUUUUAAGAUUCUAUAGAAAGGAAAAGGUGAGAAAUAAUACUAUUGUAUAUUAUUAUUUAGAAAUAAAUGUUUUUUUCUUGUUUUUAAUUGUUGACAGCCAGUAGACACCAUGUUUAUA